AAGUGGGCAGAUGGCGUGAGGAAAAAAGAAAGAAGUGAAGCAGUGAAGGGUAAGCAGUAUGCAGGCUCACUUUUUAUGGACAGUGGGAGUAGAUGUGCCACAGCGGCUGGUCUUUCGGUGUCUACAUCUCAGGAGCUGAUCUGAACAAUAAAUAGGAUUUAUUUUUAAGCACCAGCAAAUAAUCUCCAAAUAAGGAAGCUGUCUGUAGAGCUGUUCAUUUUGAGAUUAAUUUAUGGAAGAAGAGACACUGAUUGGAACAAGAGUGACAAAAAGCAUGAAAGGAGAAAUGAGGAAUAGAAGGACUAUUUCUCAGAUCUGCUUGUUGCUUCUGACUGUGCUGCAGAUCAGCACACCUUCCUCAGCUCAGAGCAAUGGGACCACUGUUAGUACCACCACCACAACUCCAAACACUGCAGCUCUUGGGUACCGCACACAGCCAGCUGAUAUCUCAGUGGCUGUGGGAGAGCCUGCAGUGUUUGGCUGUGGCGUCCCCACGGCACAGCCAAUCCUCAUAUUCACCUUGUACGGGAGUUAUCGCAACUACAGCCUCACCUGCCCUCAUGGCCAUAUCGAAGACAUCCCCCAGGCUCUCCAUGGAAGUUGUGAAAUGAAGAAUGGAGAGUCUAAGGCUGUGUGGACACUCCAGGCAACUUCCUUCCCUGACAAUGGCACAAGAGUAGUUUGUCAGCAGUUGGGGAAUCCGCAAGCACUUUCUGCCAUCCUGAAUGUUUAUGAUAAUGGUGCAAGCAAUGCCAUUCUCAUUGGCUGUGUCAUUGGGGGUUUCUUUGGAGUCCUGUUGGUGGCUGCUUUGUUAUACAUCUUAUUGGUAAAAUCUGAGUCCUUCCAGGAAUGCUGUGGUGGGGGAGAGAUGGAAGAUGAUAUAACCAACAUAGUGUCAAAGGAUUAAAAAAAGAAAUAAAGCUAAGACUUUGUGUGAUAUGACAGUUUAAUCUUAGAAACUGGAACUGUUUCUGUUUUUUAAGUGAGAGCUGGACUGAGCCAAGGUCUGGACAUAAUAUUCUCCUAAAUGCUUGAGAUGGCAUUGCUUCAGUUCCUUGUUCUGCCUUCAGUUAUUAGAUCCUGCAAUUCACACUCUCACCAUAUAAAAAUAUGACAGAAAAACUACACCCCAAAAUGAUCCGACACGAUCGGCUUCACAACGGUGCCAUCAGAUUUUUAAAUGUAUUUUUGAUUGUUUGUGUUUGGUGCAAUGAUGUUUCUGAAACAGUUUAACAUGGGAAAAGCAGUAGUAGUAUGAUUGUAUUCACUUUUUAAAAUAUCAAGAGUUGUGGUCUAAGUAAAACGUUUGCCCACAUGUGAUUUUACAAAAUGUACCAGUAUUUAUGCAGGCUGACCAAGUGACUACAACAAUGAUUACAGAGAAGUUACACAAUGUCUGUGCAAAUGAAAAAGACAGCCACAGACAGCUGCUGGUUAAAAGGAGGAAUAUAAGUUAAGCUGAAUGAUGUACCGGCAGAUAUGAUGUAAAGUUGUUUCCUGCACUUUGAUCAAUUUGUUUUUAACUCUUGGUCUGCACUGUUACAUUGAAAGGAUGAGUCAUUUUGCAUUUUGUAUUGCUUCUUAUUGAUCUGCUGAUUUUGAAACUGUAAAUAUCUUUCCACUUCAGUGGAAAGUGGAAGGAAAAAGAAUUAAAUCAAGUAGAAAACAUGAAAAUGAGAGUUCAUUUUGCAUGCUAAAUGUAGUAAAACAUGGCACUGACAUUUCUUUUUGUCUCUGCUCUUUUCAUACAUGCGGUAUGUUUUACACUUUUAGACUUUUUUAUACUUUUGAAGGCUUUUAGUUGGAAGGUAAGCUACUAACUAAUGGGGGCACCACAUAUGCUUUUAGUACCCGGUUACGUACCUAUACUUUCACAGUUUGUCCACUUGGGGGAAGCACUUCCUCUGAGGAAAUAAACCUGUUCCUUUGAAGGUUUUUAAAAAAUGAUUGUGUAUAAAAAACUCUAAAUCAACAGCAUUUGCACUUGUUAAUCAAUUAAAAUGACACCGAAGACUCUGUUGUUUUGGGAUUUAUUGAAUGAAGUGAGUAUACAUAUUUAUUUAUUUGUCUGUCCAUAAAGGCAGCACAGAGUAGUGUUGCUCUUUGUUUUUAAAGUUUGUUGAACACUCAGGGUUGUAUUACUCUUUAAGCUUUGUGUGUAAGUGUGUGCAUGUGUUUGCUCUCUAUGCACUCUGCUUUGUCAUUUAAUUUUUUGAUACAUAUUUGCAUAUUUCUUUACAUAUUUUUUAUUAUUUUAUAAGA